AUGGAGAAGCCACAGAAUCACAACGAGCGCUGCUCUUGCUGCAACACUAACUGUGUGGAGCGGCCGCUGAGGCGGCUCUUCGAAGGGCUGGGGAGCAGCGUGGCCGCCUGCCCCUGGCCCUUCGUGCUGCUGCCGCUGCUGCUGUCGGGAGCGCUGGGCGCCGGAUUCAUCUUCCUGCCGCAACGGCAGGCGAACGACAUCGAGCAACAGUUCACACCGACGGAGGGUCCCGCCAAGGCCGACCGCGACUUCGUGCAGCAGUACUUCCCCACCAACGACUCGCAGCGCUUCUCUGCAACACGGCUGCCCACCGAGGGCGCCUACGCCGCCCUCAUCGCCGUGGCGCCGGACGGACACUCCGUCCUGGAGCCGGCGGCGUGGGACGAGGUGCUGAAGCUGAACGCGGCGGUGGCAGACAGCGACUACGAGCGCCUCUGCUCCCGCAAUGCCGCCUAUAGCGCCUGCUGCAGCCCCAACCCGCUGCUACCGCGCACCGCCAACGCGACGGCGCCCGCCCCGCAGAACCUCACCUACCCCGGCAGCGGGGCCUCCUUCCUGGGCACCGCGCUGGGCGGUGUGAGGACGGACGCCGGCGGGCGGGUGGUGUCGGCGCGGGCCCUGAAGCUCAUGUAUUACCUGCAAGAGGACGGCCCCGAGGCGGCGGAGAGCCAGCGGUGGCUGGAGAGGUUCCUGCAGGACUUCCCAUCAAAGCUGGCGGGAAUGAAUUUCACCGCCAUUCAGGUGACUUACUUUACCUCGCUGUCCAGGCAGCAGGAGUUUGAGGGAAAUACCAAGAGCGUGAUCCCACUCUUCUCCAUAACGUACUUCUUGACAAUAACCUUUUCCAUCGUCUCUUGCCUAAGGUCGAGCUGUAUAAGAAAUAACGUCUGGCUUGCAUGCUGUGGAGUGCUUUCUGCUGGUUUAGCUGUAUUGAGCAGCUUUGGACUGUUGCUCUUCUGCGGGGUGCCCUUUGUGGUCACUGUAGCAACUGCACCUUUUCUCAUUCUGGGAGUUGGCGUUGAUGACAUGUUCAUCAUGAUUGCUGCCUGGGAACAAAGCUCAAGAAGAAAAGAGAAAUCCAAUGUUAAGUCCCUGCUGGCUGAGACUUACUCAGAAGCAGCACUUUCUGUCACCAUCACCACUCUCACAGAUGUUUUGGCCUUCUUCAUUGGCACCUGGACUGCUUUUCCAUCCGUGAGGUCAUUUUGCCUCUACACAGGCACCGCUUUUGUCUUCUGCUAUAUCUAUACCAUGACCUUCUUUGGGGCAAUUCUUGUAUUAAAUCAUAAAAGGGAGCAAGGAAACCGGCACUGGCUGACUUGUAUGCCCGUGGGAGGAGGUGAAGGUCAGGCCGAGUCCUGCUUGUACAACGCUUGCUGCAUAGGCAACUGUUCUGGGCACUCGUCUCAGCCAGAAAGCGAGCACCCAAUGAGCAUAUUCUUUAAGAAGCACUAUGGCCCUUUCUUCACCAACAAAUGGAUCAAGGCCCUUGUGGUGCUGCUCUACAUAGCAUAUCUGGCUGGCAGCAUUUAUGGGUGCCUACAGAUCAGGGAAGGCAUCGAUCUUCGGAAUCUGGCCAGCGACGACUCGUACGUUGGUCCAUUCUAUGAUGAUAAUGAGGAAUACUUCUCAGAAUAUGGCCCCAGGGUCAUGGUUGUCAUUACUGAAAGUGUAGAUUACUGGAAUGAGACCGUUCGCCUUGCCAUUGAGAACUGCACACAGGAUUUAGAGGGCAUUUCAUACGUAGACAAGAACCUCUCAGAGUCAUGGCUGAGAAUAUACACAGUCCUAGGAGAAGCUAUUCUGGUAAAUCUAAACAAUAAGACUCUUUUCCUUGAUAACUUAGAUAAAAUUGGGAAAGUAGUGGAACAGCUUGAGUGGGACCUUAACAGGACUCAGGAUGAAAUCAAAGCUUCACGUUUCUUCAUCCAGACAGUGAACGUGACCUCAGCUGUUGAUGAGAAGAACCUCCUCCAUGAGUUAAGAGAGACAGCCAGGCAGUGCAGUGUGCCAUUACUGGUGUACCACCCAGCGUUCAUCUACUACGAUCAGUACCUGGUCAUAGUGCAGAACACCAUUCAGAACAUUGUGGUUGCUGCCGGGGCAAUGCUCAUUGUCUCCCUUUUGCUCAUUCCCAGCCCCUUGUGUUGCCUGUGGGUGACUUUUGCUAUAGCUUCUGUCAUAGUCGGUGUGGCUGGCUUCAUGACAUUUUGGAGCGUCAAUCUAGACUCCAUAUCCAUGAUCAACCUGGUCAUUUGUAUAGGGUUUUCAGUAGAUUUCUCUGCUCACAUUUCCUAUGCCUUUGUGAGCAGUGGAGAGUCCUCAGCCAACAGAAGGGCAAUUGAAGCUCUGUCCCUGCUGGGUUUCCCAGUAUUACAAGGUGCAGUUUCUACAAUCCUGGGAGUUGUUGUCCUGGCUGCAGCCAAAACGUACAUCUUUAGGACAUUUUUCAAGAUCAUGUUCCUUGUUAUUUUGUUUGGGGCUCUUCAUGGUCUUGUUUUUAUUCCAGUGUUUUUAACCUUUUUUGGAAACUUUGGCAGAUCACCCUGCACAAAUUUGAAGACAAAGAACUUAGAUAUAGAAACAAUAAAGACUGUCCAUGAAGGAAGGCAUUCAACAGAGGGUGGGCGCGAUAGCUUCUGGGCUCCCGCCUCCUUCCGAAUACAAAGGGGUUUCGCUGCCUCUUCGGCAGAGAGGCGGCAACGGCACGGGUGGCAUUGCCACCGGAGAGCUUGGCACCGCGGAACUGCUGCCCAAACCGGGCCCUCCAGCAUCCCCUGCGCUCACCCACAAGAAAGAUAUCCAAGUCCCCAAAUCACCCUCAUAGCGCAAGAAAGAUAUCCAAGUCCCCGAAUCAUCCUCAUAGCGCAAGAAAGAUAUCCAAGUCCCCAAAUCAUCCUCAUAGCACAAGAAAGAUAUCCAAGUCCCGGAAUCAUCCUUAUAGCGCAAGAAAGAUAUGCAAGUCCCCGAAUCAUCCUUAUAGCGCAAGAAAGAUAUCCAAGUCCCCGAAUCAUCCUCAUAGCGCAAGAAAGAUAUCCAAGUCCCCGAAUCAUCCUUAUAGCGCAAGAAAGAUAUCCAAGUCCCGGAAUCAUCCUUAUAGCGCAAGAAAGAUAUCCAAGUCCCCGAAUCAUCCUUAUAGCGCAAGAAAGAUAUCCAAGUCCCCGAAUCAUCCUUAUAGCGCAAGAAAGAUAUGCAAGUCCCCGAAUCAUCCUUAUAGCGCAAGAAAGAUAUGCAAGUCCCCGAAUCAUCCUUAUAGCGCAAGAAAGAUAUCCAAGUCCCCGAAUCAUCCUUAUAGCGCAAGAAAGAUAUCCAAGUCCCCGAAUCAUCCUUAUAGCGCAAGAAAGAUAUGCAAGUCCCCGAAUCAUCCUUAUAGCGCAAGAAAGAUAUCCAAGUCCCCGAAUCAUCCUCAUAGCGCAAGAUAUCCAAGUCCCGGAAUCAUCCUUAUAG